AAAAUCUUUUAAAUUAGAAUUAACUUAAAAAUUAAAAUUUGCAUGUCCUUAAUAACAUCCUUGUGCUGUGAACUAAAGGUAUAGAUGGAGCCUAACGCUCCUAGCUCGUCUGCCUCUUCUAGGGCGACGAAAUUUAUGAUGGAAGGUGUUGGGGCACGGGUAAUAAGAGGACCUGACUGGAAAUGGGGGAAGCAGGAUGGUGGUGAAGGGCAUGUGGGCACAGUGAGAAACUUUGAGUCCCCUGAAGAAGUUGUGGUGGUCUGGGACAACGGCACUGCAGCAAAUUAUAGAUGUUCUGGUGCAUAUGACUUACGUAUUCUAGACAGUGCACCAACAGGUGUCAAACAUGAGGGCACUAUGUGCGAUACCUGCAGACAGCAACCAAUAUUUGGCAUCCGGUGGAAGUGUGCUGAAUGUAGCAACUAUGAUUUAUGCUCUGUCUGCUAUCAUGGAGACAAGCACCAUUUACGUCAUAGGUUUUACCGUAUUAGUGCUCCUGGAGCACAACGAUGCCUUGUGGAACCUCGGAGAAAAAGCAAGAAACAAGCUGUUAGAGGCAUAUUCCCAGGUGCAAGGGUUGUAAGAGGGGUGGAUUGGCAAUGGGAAGACCAGGAUGGUGGGAAUGGUAGACGGGGAAAAGUGAAUGAGGUACAAGACUGGUCUGCAGCUAGCCCACGCUCUGCAGCUUAUGUUGUGUGGGACAAUGGGGCUAAAAACCUAUACAGGGUGGGGUUUGAAGGAAUGGCAGAUCUAAAGGUGGUAAACGACGUGAAGGGCCAAAAUGUUUACAAAGAGCAUUUGCCACUUUUAGGAGAAUUGGGCCCUGGACGCACAGGACCUCAUGGAUUACAAGUUGGCGACCAAGUCAAUGUAGAUUUGGAUCUGGAGAUAGUACAGUCGUUGCAGCAUGGCCACGGUGGGUGGACAGACGGAAUGUUCGAAUGCCUUAGCACUACGGGCACAGUGGUUGGCAUCGACGAGGACCACGAUAUUGUUGUCACAUAUCCUAGCGGAAAUCGAUGGACCUUUAACCCUGCUGUUUUGACUAAGGUAUGCAGCGGUAGUAUGACCGCGUCCACGUCUGCGGCAAGCGGAGGCGGAGGAUUUGCCGUGGGCGAUUUAGUGCAAGUUUGCGCUGACCAAGAACGAGUGAAAACGUUGCAGCGCGGGCACGGAGAGUGGGCCGAAGCUAUGGCACCGACGCUCGGUAAAAUUGGUCGCGUGCAGCAGAUUUAUCACGAUAACGAUUUGAAGGUAGAAGUUUGCAACACUUCAUGGACUUACAAUCCGAACGCGGUCACCAAAGUGGCGUCUUUUGAUGGCAGCAUUCCAGGAAAUUCAUCAGGUGAUCGCCUGUCGGUGCUUUUGAAGAAACUGUUCGAGUCUCAUGUAACUGGAGAUGCGAACGAGGAGUUAGUGAAGGCAGCCGCUAAUGGAGACGCGACCCGCUGUGCCGACAUUCUAGCUCGAACUGACGGCGCUCAGGCUGAUGUGAACGGCGUUUACGGUGGCCACACCGCGUUGCAGGCGGCGGCACAAAACGGGCACGUAGAAGUCAUACGCGCACUAGUGGACGCCGGCGCCGAAGCGGACGCAGAAGACCGGGACGGCGAUCGCGCGGCCCACCACGCCGCCUUCGGUGAUGAGUCCGCGGCCCUGCGCGCACUUGCGUCCGCCGGUGCUGAUCUAAACGCUAGGAACCGGCGCCGCCAGACGCCCCUGCACAUUGCCGUGAACAAGGGACACCUUGCCGUAGUGCGCACACUGCUUCAACUUGCCGUUCAUCCCAGCUUACAGGAUUCCGAAGGAGAUACACCAUUGCACGAUGCAAUUUCGAAGAAGCGAGACGACAUAUUGACAUUGCUGUUGGACCAUGCCGCUGACAUGACGCUCACAAACAACAAUGGAUUCAACGCGCUUCACCACGCUGCACUGCGAGGCAAUCCAAGUGCAAUGAAAAUUAUGCUGGGCAAACUACCGCGGCCGUGGAUAGUAGACGACGCAAAGGAUGACGGGUACACGGCUCUGCACUUAGCGGCAUUUAACAACCACGCGGAGGUCGCUGAGUUGCUGGUCCGCGGGGGAGCGCGGCCCGCCCUCCAAAACGCUAACCUACAAACGGCUCUGCAUCUCGCCGUCGAGCGGCAACACACACAAAUAGUGCGCCUGCUCAUUGCACAUGGGGCGAAUCUCAACAUUUGUGACAAGGAUGGCGAUACACCGCUACAUGAAGCACUGAGGCAUCACACACUUCAGCAACUACGGCGUCUGCAAGACGCCCGCGACGCUUCGUUGCUGAGCGGCAUAGCCCACGCACACGACAAGAAGUCCUCCGCCUCUAUCGCUUGCUUCCUUGCCGCGAACGGAGCCGAUCUCACCAUUAAAAAUAAGAAAGGUCAGACACCGCUGGACCUGUGUCCAGAUCCAAACCUUCGUAAGACGCUGACAACAUGCCGCAAAGAAGGCACGGGAGUGCCGAGUGAAGGGACACCGGAAAGUGAGACUGGGUCAAUUACUGUCGCCAGCACCAACAUUGCCACACCUCCCGAAGCCCCCGUAGAAGCGCCACCAGGCGACCCUACGGCUGACGAAUGCCUCGUGUGCUCCGACGCCAAGCGAGACACGCUCUUCCGCCCCUGUGGACACAUUUGCUGCUGCAAUGUCUGUGCUGCCAGGGUGAAGAAAUGCCUGGUGUGUCGCGCUUGCGUUACAUCGCGGCAACGCGUUGGCGAGUGCGUUGUGUGUUCGGAGGCUCCCGCCACUGUAGUGUUCCGGCCGUGCGGCGACGUGUGCGCAUGCGCUUCGUGCGCACCGCUUAUGCGCAAGUGCGUUGAGUGCCGCACACCGCUGCAGCCGCCGCCUGCCGCACCCGCUCCCGCCUCCGUACCCGCAGCCGCCAACGCAAACGCAACUGCAACUGCUAUCGCGACAACUUCUUACGCACCGCCCGCACAAGUCGCACAAAUGCACUCCGCCCUCCAGAAACACGACGGAGGCGGCGAGGGUAGCAGCAAUCUGGCGCAGGUGCAGGUGAACAAGGGCCAGCCCGCACCCGCGCCCGCCGCGCCGCACUUCAUGAACAAUGGCUCGCGCUCGGCACCCGCGCCCGCGCUACCCGCACCUCCCGCACCCCCCGCGCCGCCCGCACCGCCCGCGCCCCCCGCCCUGCCCGCACCGCCAGCAGCCGACGUUCAGAAACUGCAACAGCAACUACAGGACAUCAAGGAACAGACGAUGUGCCCCAUCUGCCUGGACCGACUGAAGAACAUGAUCUUUCUGUGCGGACACGGCAUGUGCCAAAUGUGCGGCGACCGCAUCACUGUCUGCCCCAUCUGCCGCAAGCAAGUCGAGAAACGUAUUCUUCUCUAUUAGCAAUAGAUCUCUAUACACUGACCUCUGUUAUUAUCACUGGACAGGAUGCUGUCACUUUGAUUUUGUCUCGAAAUGAUUGACGCUGUUUUGACUCUGUGAAGGAGACGCUGUAAUACGAGUGUCCGCGGAACUAAAUUCUGAAUUACAAACUCAAUAUUCCAGGGUCACAAAUCUGCUUUUACCAUUAUUGUGUGACAGUGGUAGGUCAAUGACGAAUAGAAGUAACUAAAUUAAAUGAGAAAAGUUCAUUAAUUUAACAACUUGACAAUAAAUGAAAUUACCCCACUCUACAUAAGCCUUAUCUUGGGUAUUUAGUCAAGAUGUGUUAACAUCGGAUACCGGAUGUUUUUGGCAAAUAAUUAUUGAAGUAAAGAGCACUUCUAAUCGGAAACAUACUGCAAACAAACUUCUAUGACUAUUUAUGACACAUUUUGAUAUUAAUGAACGUUCUUUGCGCUUCAAAUUGGGACAAUAUAUUAGCUAUACAGUGGUAAUAUAAUAGAAGUUUGUGUUGUACACUGCCUUAAUAAGUCUUUAUUAUGUCAGUAAAAAAUCUUCUCAUGUUAAUUAAAGUUCCAAUCUUUUGAUUGUGGUAUAUGUAUGUUAUACGCCAAAAAUGAUGUAGUAAAACUGUAUAAUAAGUAUCAAUAUGAAUAAUUACAUAUAUAAUCCAAUUAAAAUGUAGUAUUUAAGCAUGAAACACACAGUAGCAAAGGCGGACGCAGGCCCAGCACGGCUAGCAUGGCCAGGAGAGAUUUUUCUUCAAGGGAAAGGACCAAAUUGUAUCUAAUAUUACUGAAGUGUGGAAAUAACAUCCAAAUAAUAUACGUGUACUUAAUAAUAAACAGCAGCACCAGGGGGCAGUUUCGCCUAUUUUUGGGGUAACUUUUCCCACAGUUUUAUUAACUCUCUGAGCACUGAAUCUCUAAAGAUGUUGAGUAUUCCAAAAAGAUUUUUAAACAAUAUAUUUGUUUAAUUUUUUGACAGAAAUGUCAAAAUUACCUAUAAUGCAAAGCAGUAAGGUUAACUUAGGCAAAGCAGUAAAAGAACUAUUUAUGUAGAGAUUUAUAUAGAUAAUUUAGUUAUGUUUAUUUCAUUUAUUUCAAAAUUACAAAAAAGCGGAAAUGAAAAAGUUUUAUUUACUCUUAACAAACCAAUGAAGGAAACAAUCACGUCUUUAUUGGAUGCUACAAUGUUUUAAUAAGUUGAGAAAUUGAAAUUUUGGGAAAAAGGACUUUAUCAGAAACAGAUAUUCCGAGAAAUUAAAUACAGAAUAUUACGAGAGAUAACAUUUUGUAUAAAUACAAUAAUGCUAGAUGCAUUACGGAAGACGGUACGGACGGUACCGGCCACCCGUAGCGGGGCCUUAAAUGUUUUAUUGCAUUCAGCCGUGGCUUCUGUGUAUUUAGUGCUUUACUUUUUAUGUACCUAAUUAUUAUAACAUAAAAAAGAACAAUACACAUAACUAUAAUCAUCAGGUUUUCCUCACUUAAUCUUAUAGACUGCCGGUGGCGUUUGCCCUUAGCGCGUUAGCUUCCCCAUGGGAUAAAUUAUAAUAUUAUGAAAAACAUAAAACGUUGCAACUUAAAGUAUUAAUCGCCUGCCUUACUAUUUAAAAAAACCCUGUCAAAGUUGCCGAAAUAUUGCAAUCUGUGCAACACUUUUUUAUGUAUACCUAAUGAUAAUUUCUCCUCUAUACAUCUUUAAGAAUUCCGCAAUUCAAGUAAGUUUCAUUAAAUUUAAAUUAUAAGCUUUUACAUUGUUAAACCUUUUUAUUACGUAUGAAUUGCAAUUAUUAGCUAUGUUGAAACUUUUAUUACAACGUUUUUCUUGAUUAUUGUUAUUAAGUAUGUAGAUGAAUAAGUAUUUAUAAUUAUUGCCGUUAUAGGUUAUUUAUUGAGACUGUCAAAAUGUUCAGAAACAGGAAAACAUAAAAUAUUAUAUUUGGCAGUGAGUUGUUAUGACCUCUAGAAUCCGCAUCAUCCCGUAAGAGCGAUCCUGUCUUGCAUCCCAUAACUGAAAUGCAUACCUAAAAGGUGAAGCCUUGUAAAUGCACGUAACGUUUUGAUCUCCUGCCACUAAUACCCUCUUUAUUAAAGUCAGAGUAGUUUCACAGUGUUUUGAUAUGACUUUCAAAUAUAAGAACGUGAUAAAAUACUACAUAACUAUUUCAACUACACUACACUUUUAUUAAUAAGAGGGUUGUGUGACAGUCAUUCCAAAUAAUCGUAGCCCUUUGCAACUCGCAAACUAGGUGGCCACGCAUUCAUGAUCUCAGUAGCCAUUAAAAAUCGACUGCAGUAGCCAAUAAAAGUGUAUCCAUUCAUUUUUCUAAUCGGACUGUAUUGUCUGAUUUUAGCUCGUUCUAACUUCGAUCGAUCGAUCUUUUAUAAAUCCAGAAACUAUUUUAGAUAACACGACUUUGUAAGACAGUUAAUUUUACCAACAACAUAACACGUCUAUAACGUCUAACAACAGUUAUUCUAGCAACUGGUGGUUGGCUUUAAUUAGGUAAUCUUCUCUUGAAAAUUUCGUCAGUUCAGUAAAUUUAAGGCUUGAAUUUUAAACCUGCAUAAGUCCAAUACAAGAAGAAUUGGACUUAUUAAUUUAAGACAACAAAACG